GUCUGUCUGUCUGUCUGUCUGUCUGUCUUUGUGUAUGUGUGUGUGUGUAUGUGUGUAUAUGUGUGUCUGUGCGUGUACAUGAAUAUGAAUGGAUGCAUUGACAAAUUAUCGCACACGCAUGGCGGUGUGCGGGUGUUUGCUGCGUGUUUGUUGGCUGAAGUGUCCUCUGUUCCCUCUCCCUCCCUCUCCCUCUUCGUCCUUCUCCCUUUGCUCGCAUGAGUGGUCGCCCUGAAACAAUGCUUGUUUGUGCUGGUGGAUCAUGUGAUGUGACAUACUGGUCUUGAGGGUUGAGGUGAUAAACACACUCUCUAUUCGUGUGGCGAUGACACCGGCUUUGUUCACUCUUCGCUGUGCUGUGUGCUGUGCGUUGUGCUGUGUUUGCGUGUGCGUUGUAUGUCCACUGUGUCUGCGUACAUGUGCAAGUGUGGCUGUCACCGUCCGGUUCGCUGUAGCCACUGCCUCUCUCUGAGACGAUAUGGCCUUGUCGAUUGUCCUUCUUCAUUCAUUUUUUUUCGACACCGAUUCACGUUCGUCCCCAACCAGCCGCUUUGAACUGGCCUUGCACUCACUCACUCAUUCGUGCCUGCCUGUCGACCAUGCUUGGCGUCGCCGUGCCUGACAUGAACAGCGAACCAGAUAUGAGCGAACCAUGGGAGAAGAUCCACUCGAACAUAGAGCAGCAAGUGCCGAAUGACGUGUACUCGUUUCGUGCCGUGCACUUGGCCCAAAUGCUCAUCGAGGGCCCACCAAACUCCGACUCGCAAUUUGUUGUGACAUUGCACCCACCCAGGCCCCAGAACACCACACAAUCCGAAGUCCUCGACUACGCCACAUUUCAGAAGAAGUUUGCGCAGCUAACGGCGCGGCAGUGCUCGGAUGCGCUCAAGGUUGAGGCGGCCACGAUCCUGCAACGGUCUGCCAACGAGAUACAAUGCGUCGGCUGCCGGCGCAGCUUUACCACCUUCCUCACCGCCCUCCAGACACACUUUCCGCGCGCCCUCUGGCCGCUUGAUGUUGGGAAGCGAUGGAUUCGCGUGCACCCGCAGCACCACUCCGCCAGGGAAUGUUACCAGCUCCUGCAGUGGGCAAGGACGGAGCGGUGGGGGGCUGAGCAGCGUGGGCGGCGGCGCAACAUGCGAUGUCGACUGCACGCCAUGGACACGCGCAAGAACCAGCAGAGCGCGACCACGUGGAUGGAGGCGUGGGAAAUGGUGUCCAUGCAGUGCCGCCGAGACAUUGUGACGGUGGACUCUGACACGUUUCUCACCGCCCUGGAGCACUACCUCGACAAGCACGAGUUUUGCGACGAGUGCAGAGACAAGAUGUUUCAUACGUCCGACAUUCUGUUUGGAAAAACGACUGCAAACGCAGACGGCACGUACCAGCCCGAGAUCUUCAACGGAGUGACGUACUGCGCCACGUACUGCCAUCUCCACGUCGACACGACCACACACUGCAUCGCACAUCUCAUCAGCCGGGCGAUGGCGGAUCUUGUGAACGGCGAGCGGCACGCGACAACGACGGAGCAGGCCCAACGCGAACUGCUCAUCUGCCUGGGAUACGUUCUCCACGAACGCCUGCAGCACCUCUGGACCCGGAUCAAGGCGGCUGAGCAGUCUGCGCUGCAGCUGCAGCAGCUGGUGGCGCGGGAGAUGUGGCGGGCCGUGGAGACGGGCGGAAACACGAGGACGCAGCUCUCCGUCUCGGAGCUCAUGGAGGAGUUUGACAGCAUGGACGCCGCAAAGAAGGCGAAGAACAAGGCAAAGACGAAAGGCAAGGGGAAGAGCAAAGGGAACAAGCAGCAGCAACAGCAGCAGCGCCAAAGCAGUGCGCCAGAAGCUGGCAGUGGCAAUGGUGCAAAGGUAAACAACAACAACAACAGCAGCAGCAGCAGCAGCAAUAGCAUUAGCAAUCGCAGCAAAACGGCUGGUGAUGCUGCUGAAGCCGGCGGUGGUGAGCACAAGUGCAAACGGCAAACUGGUGCAACCACACCCGCGAUCGAAGGUGGCAACAGCAACGCACCCCGAAACAAGCAACAACAACAACAACAACAACAACAACAACAACAACAACAACAACAACAAGAGAAGCAGAAGCAGAAGCAGAAGCAGAAGCAACACGAGUGUGACCAUGCGCGUGCACGGAUACGGGAUGGUGGCGGCAGCGACGGUGCAAGCGUGUGCAUUGACACCGUGCUUUCGACGCCGUCGCUGCAAGAGCUUGCUGCUGACCUGUACGACCAUGGUGAUGCUGAUGACGAGGGCAGCGAUGAGACGGACAGCGGCAACCCCGACGGCGACGAAAGCGGUGUUGGGCAUGCGAGCAGCAGCAGCCGAAGUAGCAGCAGCAGGCAGAGCGGCAACUGCAGCGGCCGGGGAAGCAACGCCAAUGGUAAACAAGGCAGACACACGCCUGCAAAGCUGGCAGCGGGCCCACCACCCGAUGGUGGCGGUGAGGAGCUCGUGUUCCCCGUGCCGAAGACGCUGCAUGUUCGGUAUCACGACCCCGCAGAGGCGAGCGAGUGGUGGAAGCGCUAUGAUGAGCCGUUCGAGGGCAGCAGCCCGGAGUUUGACGACGACGACCACGACGAUGACGAUGAAGGUGACGACGAUGAUGAUGAUGAUGAUGAUGAUGAUGAUGAUGAUGAUGAUGAUGAUGAUGAUGAUGAUGCUGAUCGUGAUGAUGAUGGCGAUGGUGAGGCCAGGGAGAGCGAUGGCUUUGUUGAGGUGGGGAAGGGAGGGAAGCAUGGUGCAGGACAGACCCGCGGUGCACGACAGAAGGCACCGUCACCGCAUCUCCUGGAGAAAGGCAACAAGCCAGACAGCAGGAGCAGCAUGGCGAAGGAGAAGACAACGAAGGACAACAAGCAACAGCAGCAGCAGGAGGAUAAGAAGAAUAACAAGCAAGGCAAGAGGAAGGUUGAAGAGCGGCAUUUGGCUGCAGCACACGACAUGCUGUGUGAACUCGGUUGGGACAACGACCUCGAGGCCACAACUGAUGAGAUUGAGGCGAGCCGGGUCAAGGCGAGAGCGCAGUUUGAGCGGUUCCUGGCCAGGGGACUUGUAUCAUAUUGGGGUGAUGAUGAUGGUGAUGAUGUUGAUGGAGAUGGUGCUGAUAGAGACGCGAACGCAAAAGCGAAUGCGAACACGAACGACGACGUGGAGAACAACAACAGCAGCCACAAAGACCACAGCACCAACACCAACAGCGGCGGCAGUAGCAGCAGCAGCAGCAGCAAGAAGAAGAAGAAGAAAAAGAAGCGGAAGUAAUUGGCAUAUCACGGUUGUUCAGUUGCCAUCCACUGCGACCUGCAUCAACAUCACCUCCCCUGCACUGUCACCAUUCUUUCGUGUAACUAUGCAAGCACAACUAGUGGAUGUACUUUGCUUACUUUUUGUUUUGUUUUUUUCAGUCAAGGAAGGCAAGCCAAACAGUUCCUCGCUUCUUUGGACAGUUACCACCUGUGUCUGUGUGUGUGUGUGUGUG